CCAGGAGCGAAAGCGGAACGUGUUCAGUGAGUUCAGUCUCCGUUUAAAGAGAACAGAGAAGGAGGAAAAGUUAAAUAAACACCGAGAAAAAGAAGAAACGUUGAGGAGGACACACCCAUUUUUAUGAGGAAACAGUCAUGUUGCAUAUUUUUCUAUAAUAUUCUCGUAUAAAUAUUACUGUAAUAUUUCAAUACCGUCCAAACCAUGUAACCUACUGGUCCAAGACCUGCUCCAAAAUCUGUGUGUAUAUCUCACCAUCUCAGCCUGGACUCUUUGACUCUGUUGCCUAUACCUGCAACGUGAGCUGUCCCUCUGAUGAGCUUGUUCCUGAUUCUGUCCAAUCUUGUCACUCCUAACCUCAGCACUUUCAUCUCCACUACCUCCAUCUCUGCCUCCUGUCUCUUUCUCACUGCUAUCGUCUUCAACUCACAGAGCAGAGCUGGUCUCACCACUGUCUUGAAAACCUUUCUUUUGAGUCUUGCUGACACUCCUGUCACACACACUCCUGACACUUUCCUCCACCUGCUCCAACCCGCCUGCACUCUCCUCUGCACCUCUUUUCAACACUCCCCAUCACACUGAACUGUUGACCCCAAGUACGUGAACCCCUGCACCUUCUUUACCUCAUGGCAUCAGUGGUGCUCUUACGGGGCAUGAAACCGUACUCGACACCAGAACGCUUUUCCUCCAUUCUUCAGGCAUCUUCUCACUUUGAAACAAAGGUUGGAAACUCCACCGCUGUCUCUUCUGGACACUUUCACACCUCUACAGGUACGUCGUCAGGACCAACAUCCUUUUCACUCUUCAUCCUUCUCAGAGCUUUCCUCACCUCGUCUGUUUCUGUUAUUUCCUGCUCCACAACCUCCACAUCUUCCUCCCUUCUUUCCCUUCAUUCUUUCAUUCUCCUCAUUCAUCAGCUCCUCAGAAUCCUCCUUUCAUCAUCCUGGGUUGUUAGCACCUUUCCAUCACUGUCUUUAAUCACCCUUAUCUGUUGCACAUCCUUCCCAUCUCUAUCUAUCUGUCUGUCUAGUCUGUACAAGUCCUUCUCUCCUUCCUUCGUAUCUAACCUGUCAUACAGCUCAUAGUAAGCUUUCUGUUUGGCCUUUGCCACCUCUUAACUCUGCUCUAAGCUUCAUUGUAGUCCUGUCUACUUUCCUCAGUCAUUUCUAUAUCCCACUUCCUUUUAACCAGCCUCUUCCUCUUUAUGCAUUCACGUACUUCCUCAUUCCACCACCAAGUGUCUUUAUCUUCUUUCCUCCAUCCAGAUGACACACCCAGCAUUUUCCUACCUGUUUCCCUGAUAACCUCUGCUGUAGUUUCCCAGUCAUCUGGAAGCUCUUCAUAACCACCCACAGCCUGCCUCAGCUUCUGCCUGAAUUCUUCACAGGUUUCUUCAUUCUUCCACCACUCUGUCUUCUAUUCUGUCUUUCCUCUCUUUUUCUUCCAGAACACCAGAGUCAUCUACAUACCGCCAUGCUCUCUGGCUACACUCUCUCCUACCACCACUUUGCAGUCACUAACCUCUCUCAAAUGACCUUGUCUACAUAGGAUGUAGUCCACCUGCAUGCUCCUACCUCCACUCUUGUACUGUAUGUCACUCUGUGUUCCUCUUUCUUCCUGAAGUAAACGUUGACUACAGCCAUUUUCAUCCUCUUAGCAAAGUCCACCACCAUCGGUCCUUCUAGGUUCCUUUCCUUUACACCAAACCUGCCAAUCUCCUCCUCAUCACCUCUGUUUCCCUCACCAACAUGCCUAUUAAAGUCUGCUCCAACCAAUCCCCUCUCUCCUCUGGGUAUACUCUCUAUGACCUCAUCAAACUCACUCCAGAAUCUCUCCUUUUCUUCUAACUCACAGCUACUUGUGGAGUGAACCCACUGACUACAUUCACCAUCAUCCCUUCCAUUUCUAGCUUUAGGCUCAUCACCCUGUCUGAGACUGUUUUCACCUCUAGAACAUUGUUCACAACCUCCCCUUCAGGAUCACCCUGUUAUUCGUUUAUCUUCCUAUACACAGCAUGGUAGAAUACACCACUUUCCCUGUCAUUGCAUCAACGUUAAGAGUUCAGCUCAGAUCUAUGCUCCUGCCUUUCCUCUUCUCCACAAACCCUUUUGCCUGCUCUCCUUCGACCAACAGUGGUCCAAUUUCCACUGGCACUAUGCAACAUGACCAUUUCUUCAUAUAAAUGGUUGUGCCCUGUGAAGGACAUGUAGACACACAGUUUGGAGCAGGAUUUGAACCAGUAGGUUUCCCGUGUGGGGUGAGAAGGGAGUUUAUAUAAUAUAAUAUAAUAUAAUAUAACAUAACAUAACAUAACAUAACAUAACAUAACAUAACAUAACAUAACAUAACAUAACAUAACAUAACAUAACAUAACAUAACAUAACAUAACAUAACAUAACAUAACAUAACAUAAUAUAUCCGUGACCUGGCUCCGGAUAAGCAGUUGAAAAUGGAUGGAUGGAUCACACCAGUGACCCCAUUAACUGGUGACCGACUGGUCCCUCGUCAUUUACCUGUUGAAGGCAGGAAGCAGCAGAAGAUGAACAAUUUUUGUGUGGAGGAAGAGGACGGAGCAGAGUCUCCAGGAUCCAGAUGUGUGACUAUGAAGAAUGACUGGUCCAGAUGUGAGUCUCCAUCAUUCAGUCCUGAACCUGGAGCCUCAGACACAAAAGUCCAGAACCAGAGACAAAGAGCAGAACCUCCAGGACCCAGCUGUCUGUCUAUGAAGAGUGACUGGUCCAUACCUGAGCCUCUAACCUUCAGUAAUGAACCUGGAGCCUCAGACACAAAGUGUUUUUCUAUAAGGUCCCAUCAGAGACAAAGAUAUGAUGGACCUGGACCUGGACCCAACUGUGUGUCCUUCAAGAGCGACCAGUCAAAGGAUUUUUUCAUUAAUUUCAAAGACCAACCUGUAUCAGACUCACAAGUGGACCAGCAGAGCUCAGAGGUUCCCAGUGCUCAGUCUGUCCAGCAGCACCAAACACACCUGGACUCCAUAUUUAUGCUGCUGGAGGAAAACAUUGUCACGUUUGUGAAGAAGGAGCUGAAGAAGAUCCAGAAGGUUCUGAGUCCAGAUUAUUCAGAAUGCUCAGAGAGUCAGAGGGAGGAUGAGAAGGAGUUGGAUGCUGAGAAUGAAGAGCAGAGAAGGAGCAGCAGAGACGCGUUUCUGAAGAUCACAGUGAACUUCCUGAGGAGGAUGAAGCAGGAGGAGCUGGCUGACUGUCUGCAGAGCAGAUCCCCUGCUACACUUUGUCAGGAUCAACUUAAAUCUCGCCUGAAGCAGAAGUUCCAGUGUGUCUUUGAAGGAAUCGCUAAAGCAGGAAAGCCAACCCUUCUGAACCAGAUCUACACAGAGCUCUACAUCACAGAGGGAGGGACUGGAGAGGUCAACGAUGAACAUGAGGUCAGACAGAUUGAAACAGCCUCCAGGAAACCAGACAGAGCAGAAACAAGCAUCAGACCAGAAGACGUCUUUAAAGGCUCAGCUGGAAGAGAUGGCGCCAUCAGAACAGUGAUGACAAAGGGAGUGGCUGGCAUUGGGAAAACAGUCCUAACACAGAAGUUCACUCUGGACUGGGCUGAAGGCAAAACUAACCAGGACAUACACUUCACAUUUCUAUUCACCUUCAGAGAGCUGAAUGUGCUGAAAGAGCAAAAGAUUAGCUUGGUGAAACUUAUUCAUCACUUCUUCAGUGAAACCAAAGCAGCAGGAAUCUGUAGGUUUGAUCAGUUUCAGGUUGUUAUUAUUUUGGACGGUCUGUAUGAGUGUCGACUUCCUCUGGACUUCAACAAGACUAAAACCCUGACUGAUGUCACAGAGUCCACCUCAGUGGAUGAGCUGCUGACAAACCUGAUCAGGGGGAACCUGCUUCCCUCUGCUCGCCUCUGGAUCACCACACGACCUGCAGCAGCCAAUCAGAUCCCUCCUGGGUGUGUUGACAUGGUGACGGAGGUCAGAGGGUUCACUGACCCACAGAAGGACGAGUACUUCAGGAAGAGAUUCAGAGAUGAGCAGCAGGCCACAACAAUAAUGUCCCACAUCAAGACGUCACGAAGCCUCCACAUCAUGUGCCACAUCCCAGUCUUCUGCUGGAUCACUGCUACGGUUCUGGAGGAGCUGCUGAAAACCAGACAGGGAAGAGAGCUGCCCAAGACCCUGACGGAGAUGUACAUCCACUUCCUGGUGGUUCAGUCCAAAGUGAAGAACAUCAAGUAUGAUGGAGGAGCUGAGACAGAUCCACUCUGGAGUCCAGAGAGCAGGAAGAUGAUUGCGUCUCUGGGAAAACUGGCUUUUGAGCAGCUGCAGAAAGGAAACCUGAUCUUCUAUGAGUCAGACCUGACAGAGUGUGGCAUCGAUUUCAGAGCAGCCUCAGUUUAUUCAGGGGUGUUCACACAGGUCUUCGAGGAGGAAAAAGGACCGUAUAAGGACAAGGUGUUCUGCUUCUUCCAUCUGAGUGUUCAGGAGUUUCUGGCUGCUCUUCAUGUCCAUCUGACCUUCAUCAACUCUGGAGUCAACCUGUUGUCACAAUUAUCCUGGUUUAAACAUUUUAUGAUGAAACAUGAACAUACACAGUUCUACCACGUUGCUGUGGACAAGGCUUUGAGUCCAAAUGGACACCUGGACCUGGUCCUCCGCUUCCUCCUGGGAUUUUCUCUUGAGAAAAAACAGACAUUCUUACAAGGUUUGAUGACACGAAUGAGAAGUAAUUUACAAACCAAUCAGGACACAGUUCAGUACAUCAAGAAGAAAAUAACAGAGUUUCCUUCUGCAGAGAAAAGCAUCAACCUCUUCUACUGUCUGAGUGAACUGAAUGAUUGUUCUCUAGUAGAGGAGAUCCAACACUAUCUGAAAUCAGGAAGUCUCUUCACACAUAAUCUGUCUCCUUCCCAGUGGUCAGCUCUGGUUUUCAUCUUAUUGUCUUCAGCAAAUGAUCUUGAAGUAUUUAAGCUGAAUAAAUUCUCUGCUUCAGAGAAGGCUCUUCUGAGGUUGCUGCCUGUGGUCAAAGCUUCCAACACAGCUCUACUGAGUGUGUGUGACCUGUCAGAGAGAAGCUGUGAAGCUCUGUCCUCAGUUCUCAGCUCUCAGUCCUCUAGUCUGAGAGAACUGGACCUGAGUAACAACAACCUGCAGGAUUCAGGAGUGAAGGUUCUGUGUGCUGGACUGAAGAGUCCUCACUGUCGACUGGAGACUCUCAGGCUGUCAGGCUGUCUGCUCUCAGAGGAAGCUUGUGUUUCUCUGGCCUCAGCUCUGAGCUCCAACCCCUCCCAUCUGAGAGAGCUGGACCUGAGCUACAAUCAUCCAGGAGACUCAGGAGUGGAGCUGCUGUCUGCUGGAGUCAAGAAUCCACACUGUACACUGGACACUCUCAGGGUGGAGCCUGGUGGAGUCCGAUGGUUGAGACUAGGUCUGAGCAAGUGGAGGACACGGCCCCCCCUGGAGUCCCUUCAGGACUGUUGUGUCGUCCAGGAACCAGCAGUGCCCAGGAUUCGAUUAUGAGCACUGGUUGAGAAAAGCUGUCGGAGCGAUGGCCAGACACGCUGACAGCAGCUGAAACAAGCAGGAGGGAAGCAAACGUCAGUUAACAGACGAACCGCAGAUGAGACAGCGGACAGUAUCCUUAAAGGUGCAGUACCGCCACCUAUCGGUCAUAUAGUGAAACUCAUCUUAUCGUACAAAUUUAAUCCGCUCACUUGAAUGAAAUAUGAAUGAAACAAAGCCGUACCAAAUAUUCAUGUACACAGAAAACAUUCAUAUAUCAUUUACAAAACAGUCCUACUUAACUGAGGCUAAGUCACUGUCUGGCGACUCUAUGUGACAACAACACAUUAAUUUGCUUAGCGCAAACAUAUACAUUUCUAUACCACAACAUAGUGCAGUGUCUUAUACAAAUGUACGACUAAAUACAUGCCCCAGAUGGAUAGCAGAAGUUUAUCUAUUACAAGACAACAGCUCGCCUGUUAACAAAAAACAUAGAAAACGUUAGAAUUUACGACAGUACGGUGUCCGGCAAGGGACAAUCCGCGCUCACAGCCCUAUUACAGCAGCGUAAUGUCACCAUCUAGCGGCCGUUACAGAUCACUGCUCUAUAGUAACACGCAAUACGAUGGUGGCAUGUAAGAUAGAGGGAGAAAAGAAAAAGAACAGUGAGUAACUCAGUGUUUCAAGGAGUUUGACCAGCAUCUGAAUUUAUAACUAAGAGAUGCUUCAGAUGGUUAAGUGUGCAUAUUUCUGCAUGUGACGUAUCUUGGCUGACAUAUUUCCUAAAACACUACAUAAAUGACAGGGGAUUUAUUUUAUGAAUCAAUUACUGAUUAUAAUUAAAUCUGUUUAUUCACCUUAACAACACAAAUUUGUUCAGAACUGUUUUAGAGAAGUUAAUUUAUCGCACCACUGACUAGUAUUAAAGCUUCAUCAGUCCCUAACGCUCCUCUAGUCACUCAUCCAUAUCAUCAUCAUUACAUGGGUUCUGUGACAUCAGACAAUGAGCUGCACGUUGUUACAUAAUAAUAAUUUUUUCUGUAUCUGCUUAAAAUGAUCAAAUUGAGCAGGAAACACACCAACAUAAUUUUAGUAAAAUACAACCAUCACCAGCUCAGGCAUGAAAAUGAGUGAAGUCUUGAAUCCACCUCUUUAGUUUUAUUGAUUUCAAGCUGACAAUAACUUGGUUUACACUUUUCUUGUAAAUGUAACUCUUUUCUAGAGUUUCCAUUAUCAUUGUUUAUUUGUAAUAAAUAUAUAAUAAAGCCAUGUAGAAAGGC